UCUGCGGCAUGUGUGCCGACACAGAGUAACGUUAGGCCUACUGCUGGCCGUCAGCGGACAGGCAGAGAAGAGGAGGGGAGGAAAAGUGUGUUUACACAGACGGCAAACUGCCUGGGGAAUCGUAGGGGAGAGGAAGUCAGCCGGCUCUGUGUCUGCCUGCUCCAACUUCCUGCUCAGAGAAAGAAAAAGCUCAGGAUCCUAUUUCAGUCCAGUACAACUGUGUAGACUAGAAGUAAGCAUGGAAAAACAAGGAAUCACACAAGCUUCACCGUAAACUUCGCGGAGUAAAAAGACCAAGUCAAAGAUCGCAGGUAUGGACAGUGCCAUCACCCUGUGGCAGUUCCUGCUGCAGCUGCUGCUGGACCAAAGCCACAAACACCUGAUAUGUUGGACGUCCACAGACGGAGAGUUCAAGCUACUGAAGUCAGAGGAAGUGGCCAAGCUGUGGGGGCUGCGCAAGAACAAGACCAACAUGAACUACGACAAGCUGAGCAGAGCCCUGCGCUACUACUAUGACAAGAACAUCAUCAAGAAGGUGAUUGGCCAGAAGUUUGUGUAUAAGUUUGUGUCCUUCCCUGAGAUCCUUAAGAUGGACCCCCAGGUGGUAGAGAUGGGCCUGGCUUCUGGAAGGUUUCCCAUCCAGGAAGGAGAGGCAUCUGAACUGGAGGUAGAGGAGGAGGAGGAAGAGGAAGGUGAGGAGGAUACCCAGAGGAGGACCCUGGCAGCCCUGGGGGCGCAGCAAUGUCGGAACGACUACCUUCGCUCAGGUCUCUACUCGUCCUUCAGCAUCAGCUCCCUGCAGAACCAGCCUGAGCUGCUCCGUGCCCUGCGGGAGCGCCAAGAGGAGCCGCGCUCCGUCAUCCGCUUUGGUGCUAAUGAAAGGAGCUCCCCUCCCUCUGCCAAACCCGAGUCCUACAUCUCCCCCAGGCUAUCCAAACACCACUCACCAUCCUCUCCCCACACCCAGCCCGGCCAAAGCUGGAGCCCUGGUGCCGAGGAGGAGGAGGACUCUGACCAGAGCGCUCAGCCCCUCAACCUCUCCUCUGGGCACAGAGAGCGAGCCCUGCAGCCUCCUGAGAGGAGGAGCAGCAGUAGUGGUAGAAGUAGCUCUACUAGUAGUAGUAAUAACCAAGGAGAUGGACUCCCACCAAAAAGCAAAAAGCCCAAAGCUCUGGAGAUCUCUGCGCCAUCCCUACUGCUUGCAGGGAGCGACAUCGGCUCCAUCGCCCUCAACAGUCCAGCACUGCCGUCUGGCUCCCUCACUCCUGCCUUCUUCACUGCACAGACUCCCUCUGGUUUGCUGCUGGCUCACAGUCCUCUGUUGUCAGGCAUCCACUUCUGGAGCAGCUUGAGCCCAGUCGCUCCGCUCAGCCCCGCCCGGCUGCAGGGCCACAGCUCCCUAUUCCAGUUCCCCAGCCUAAUCAACGGACACAUGCCUGUCCCCCUGCCAAACCUGGAAGGAACACCCUCCUCUCUGCUCCUGUCCCCCACCACUCACAAAUCCUGAUCCGGGGUCUGUCAAAAAACCUCCCAUCUUAAUCCAUCUCUUGUUGAAAAUUUCUCACAAUCAUCAGCAGCAGCCAUCUCUUGUUCGUCCUGUUAAAUUUUGACAGUAUGUGACCUCACUUUUUUGCACUUGAGUUGCUUCAGACUCCAGUGGUUGAAAGCACUUGGUAAAAGCCAUGCGCCACGAUGUCUGUGAGACGUCUGGCUCCUUGUGAUAAAGUAUAGCACAUUUCCACAUGACCCUGUCCACAAUGGACAGUAGUGACGUGUAGCUAGCUGCAAAAGACUAGCCAGCCGCUCAUUCUGCGCAGAGAGCUUGGCUAUUUUAAUCUUGUAACAAAAAAAACAAACACCUUUUUUCCUUAAAUGUUUAUCACAAUGUGAAACUGGUAGUUUCACAUGUGGUAUUGUAUUGUAUGCACUAAGCUUUUCAGAUAGUACCGGCUGUGCCUUGUUGUCCUAUUUUUCUUUGUUUUUUCAAAAUCUUUUAAAUGAAGACAAGAUUUCAAAUCAAUGAAAAACCUUUGUAACACUUGUAAUGUUCUUUUUUUUAUACUGGACUUGGUAUACAGUUUGUAUUCUGUAUAAUUUUGUAUUGUGACGAAUGUCUUGUCAUUUUCAAUAAACAAAGCAUUGAAUGCUUGAA